ACAGAACGGGCAAUUUAUCCGACACUUGCACAAUUGCACGGCGAAACAAACACCCCAUUGACCAAGCGUCUCUGUUCUCCGACGUGUAUGUAAGUACUGCCUAGUAGAGUGGUGGGCGUGUCCACGGAUCUCCAUUGUGUUCGGAGACCUCCGCUGCUACGUCAUCGCUUCUCAGGUGGAGGGGUUCGCCGCCUGGAGGAUUCUCCGGCGAUUCCUCCUCCUCUGAUAUUUAAGCGUUUGCAGCAAGUGAUAAGGGACUCAAUAUGCUUGAGCAGUGAAACUCGGACUGCUUAUGAUGGGCUCCAAUCAUAACCAUUCUGCUGAGAGCAUACAUGGAAUUUCCAGUAGUUUUGGGCAUGAAAAAUGUGAAUCCUACUUGAUUUUUCGUUGUGAAGUUUCCCUUGGGGAUGGAUUCCGGGCCUGCCUGUAUUUCCUUGGCCUUGGUUACUGUUUCAUUGGAUUAUCGGCUAUAACUGCUCGAUUCUUCCGGUCUAUGGAAAAUAUUGUUAAGCAUACUAGGAUGGUUGUGGAGAUAAAUCCUUCAACGAAUGAGGAAACCGUUAGACACGAAAAAGUGUGGAAUUACACAAUUGCAGAUAUCACUCUGCUGGCCUUCGGAACUAGCUUCCCCCAAAUCUCUUUGGCUACCAUUGAUGCCAUACGAAACAUUGGGCAACUGUAUGCUGGAGGUUUGGGUCCUGGAACACUUGUUGGUUCUGCUGCAUUCGACCUCUUUCCUAUCCAUGCUGUUUGUGUUGUGGUUCCAAAAGCUGGAGAAUUGAAAAAGAUAUCAGAUUUAGGAGUUUGGUUAGUAGAGCUUUUUUGGUCCUUUUGGGCUUAUAUAUGGCUAUAUAUAAUACUAGAGGUAUGGACUCCAAAUGUUGUUACCCUAUGGGAAGCCUCAUUGACAGUUCUUCAGUUUGGGUUAUUGCUGAUGCAUGCUUAUGUUCAGGAUAAGCACUGGCGCUAUUUGUCUCUUCCAUUUGCAAGAAGUGAGAGGCCAGAGGACUGGGUGCCCGAAGAGGCUGCUUCAUGUGAUGAUACUGAAGUAUUCGAAACUAAUGAAGAUGAAAACAGAAGGAUCAUUGAUAUUUUUUCUAUUCAUUCAGCAAGAGAGGCAGAUCCCGAGUAUCGCAAGUUGCCUCAAAAUGAUCUAGCUGAAUCUUCAAUUGAACAAUCUAGCAAAAAGAUUCGUCUUGGAGAAUCACAUGUGCUCUCAAUUUGGAAGCAGCAAUUUGUGGACGCAUUUAAGUUUGCAGAAUGGACAAAAUCGAACAAUACCUACCUCUGGCUUGCUAAAAUUUCCUGGCAGGCACUCCUUGUGCCAUGGAGACUUUUGUUUGCUCUGGUACCUCCUUACCAAAUUGCUCAUGGGUGGAUUGCUUUCAUUUGCUCUCUGUGUUUCAUCAGUGGAGUAGCAUACAUUAUCACUCAGCUCACAGAUCUAAUAAGCUGUGUCACAGGAAUAAAUCAAUAUGUCAUAGCAUUUACUGCGUUGGCAGCGGGAACCUCUUGGCCGGAUUUAGUGGCAAGCAAGAUUGCUGCUGAACGGCAGACAACCGCAGAUUCUGCGAUAGCAAAUAUCACUUGCAGCAAUUCUGUGAACAUUUAUAUUGGCAUUGGUUUCCCAUGGCUGAUUGACACCUUGUACAAUUUCAUAGCGCUAGGGGAACCUCUGCGGAUCAAGAAUGCCAACGGACUCAGCUUCUCAUUGCUAGUCUUCUUCUGCACUUCUGCAGGCUGCAUUGCUGUUCUGGUACUCCGGCGUGUAACAUUAGGGGCAGAGCUAGGAGGGCCAAGGUUGUGGGGUUGGCUUACUAGUGUCUACUUAAUGAUGCUUUGGAUUAUCUUUGUUGUGUUGUCAUCUCUUAGCGUUUUGGGCAUCAUAUGAAGUUCUCUUUGUCAUAGUUCUUUUAUUUUCUUCUUUUGGUUUAUAUUUUCUAUUGUGUUCUUAUUCGUUUUAUUUUGUCUAUUCAUAAAUGAUGAUUUAGAGUUCGUCAAUCGUGUAAGAAAAUUAACUCAAAAAUUAAAUUAUGAUGAUAGGCGAUAAGAAUUUUCUUUUUUAA